AUAAUACUCAGUACUCUUUAUUUAUUUCAAGUGACAACUCCGGUACCUUUUAAAAAAUGGGGUACAUUACCUACUAUCCUUUUAAUUUAGAUUUAAAUAAUUCAAUUGCAACAUUCUCAUUGGUCCAUGUGGACAAAGGUAUGGUACCUUAUGAGUACCAUAAAAUCUACCUUUAUUUUAGGGUAAAUUCUCGAAAUAGGACUAAAACAGUUUGAAAAUUCCAAAAUAUGACUGUCAUGUUUUUUAUUCCCAAAAUAGGAUCAAUUACUGUCACAUUUGGAAAAUACUGUCAAGUUUGAAGUCUGGUCCAGCAAAAGAUGGCAAUAAUUACUCCUAUUUUGGGAAUAAAAACAUGACAUUCCAAUUUUAGAAUUUUCAAACAUUUUUAGUCUUAUUUGGAGUAAUAUGCGUAUAUUUUAUUAUUGAACAUUUUCUUUUACCAAAAUGUACUCGUAUAAUUUAUGACUUCAACUUUACUUUCUUCCUGAUAGCUUCGUAGGUGAGGAGUGAGGAACAGACGAACAGUCACCACCACAGCUUCACAUCCAGGCCGCACCUCAACGUCAAGCAGGUCACCGUCUUCCUCCGCCCGCCGGUACCCGUCCACGUGACCAUCCAUUCCACUCGGAGUUCUCUGCCGUCUCCCUUCGUCAGCUUCCGCCGACCGCCGUGAGCAAAUGAGAUAACUCGAUUUCACCGGCAUCGACUCCGACUCCGACCACUGAGCUCCUGCAGCCGAACCUCUCACUGCCGCCGCCGUUAUAUAGCCUGGGCUGCGGCCGCUCUAAGGCGAAGGUGCACCACCGCCAUUGCUCGGUUCUCCUCUGUCUCCGGGCACCAGCGCACUCCGGUGACAUCACGUAUCGUUAGCCGUCUCCGUCUACCUCCUGCGACGUCACUGCCCUGCUCUGGGUGUGGAUCCGAUCCCGCAGCCGCUGCUGCUAGGGUACGCAAGUAGCCAAGUCUACAUCCUUGACUUGGAUGAGAUUCAAACCCGUGACCUCCUUUUUGAGAGUGUCACGGUGAUGCCAUCAGACAACAAAGUACUUGGAAAUGAGAUAUGAUGUCACGGUUGGAGAUGAUUCGAAACUUUGACGAGGGUGGAUCCCAUGACGUUGACAAGGGGCGCCAUGACACGAAGCCAAAGGCUUCUUCUAUCAUAACAAACAAUGGCGUCGCAAUUAUGUCUUCAUCCCCGAUGAAACGCAAAGCCUCUGGUACUGCAGCCCGCAUCACUCAGAGCAUGAGUGAUGUUCCUACCACUGGGAUGACUACUUGGUUGCGGGGUAACAUUGAGUUACCUCCGCUUCUGUCCCAGAUGAUCCCGAUGGGCGAGAAGGAGAAAAUUGCAAGACUUGAUCACAUUGCUUUAGAGAAGAAGAGCCACCAUGCCAUGGCUGAGCUCCUGUUGUCUAUAUCUGAGGUGAAUCGGAGGAAGGAUGAUCGCGAGCAAGAGUUGUUGUUACAACUCUCCCAAUCUGCGAAGGAGAUGGCCUCACUCAAAGAUGCACAUGCUGUUGAGGUCGCUGUGCUUAAAGCCACGCACACCGUGGAGUUGGCCAAUGCCCGUGAACAUAUCUUGGAUGCAUACAUGAAAUCUCCAGAGUUUGUGGCUGAUCGGGAAGCUUACAUUGACACUCAUUUGAGUGAGAUUAGCCAACGUUGGUUGUCUACUCCAGAGGGCCGCGAGAAACUCGUCAGGGAGGGUUACCUCUCCUACAAGAUCGGGAAAUAUGCUGCUCAACAAAAAAUAUACCAUAUCUUGAAGGAUAAGGCUGGUACCUCAUGUAUUAUCGAUUGGGGGCUUCCUCCUGAAAUGCCUAACCCUGAGAAACUUGUAGCUAAACCUUCCACGGAGGAUGUCGCAUUUGACAAGUUACCUACCAAUGAAGAGCUUGGUGAUGCUCCCUCCAAAGAAGACAAAAGGAAUCCUUAAGCCGGUGGCAUUGAAUCACCCCUCUUGCGACCGCUUUCGUGCUUUGGAGCGCCCAUGGGAUUGAGUGAAAUGCGUAGUGUAGAUUCAAUUUCAAAAUUUCUUCCUUUAUGAGAACCUGGCUUGUUAAACAAAUUUUGAAUUUCAUAAGAUGAUAAUAAUGACGCAUUUCUCUCUUUUUUCUUUCAUUAUUAUCACUGUUAUUAUUAGUACUAGAUUUUCCCCUGUACGAAGCACGAAACAAAAAAUAUUAAAAUAAG